GUGGGUUGUGAAUGUAAUUAUAGACUGCGUCUCAGGUGGAGGGCAGAGGCUGCAGAAUUUGCAGCAGAGGGGAGUUGUUUUUGUUAGAUAAAUGCUGAUAUCAGGAAGUGGUACAUGAGCCAAGCUACGGGAAAUGUCACCUACAGUACAGAUACUUCACACUCACUGUGUGCUGUAUAUUUUUUUGCAUUUCAUGUUGCUGCUAGAAAACUGUUAAAUUGAGGUAAAUGUGUACUGCAGGGAAGCUGCCUCAACCUUGAGCUUUUGUUGUUUAGUAUGAUGUUGACUUUAAAGAUUAGCGUGUUACCCACGUGGUCUUUAGUUCUUAAAAAUAACCCACCUUGGGUAAAUGUUGACAGUAAAUUCUAAAUGGUGUGCUAAUAGCAUGUGUCACACAUUUCUAUUAAUAAGAAUUUUAUUGUUUACCAGCAUUCACUUUCGUUUCACAAAAGUCUGCUCCAGCUUAUUGGAAUAUUUUCAGCACCAAAAACAUUCAUGCUCUCAAGCGAUUAUAUCAAAAAGUUGUACACAACUUGAAAAAAGCAUUUUCCUUACUAUCAGCUGUCAGUCAAAACUGCAAGAACAACAUAUUUUUUCACUAUUAUCUCCAAAAACUCUCAAAUUUCUGUUUCACGGACUAAAUUCUGUUCUUUUAAAUGCACUGUAUAAAUAAACUGAUCUGAUUUUGUUCUACACAAAACAUAGAAUUACGUAGAAUUGACAGGCAAUUGAUCUGUGGCUAUUUUCAUAAUGAUGUACCUGUUUGACUGUUGCCAAACAAUCAGUGUUUCCAGGAUUGUCAAAUGUAGGAAUCUUAUCUUGACAUUUUAUAUGACAGUAGCAUGGAUACCUUUGGACUUUGGACUUUUGGUUGGACAAAACAAGACAUUUUAUUUAUUUAUGAUUGAAGGUAAGAUCCUGAGAUUAAAAUAUUUUUUUCAUGGAAUACAUGGCCAAGAAGACACACUAUUAUGAAGUUAGAAACGAUCCUAAAACCAAAUCUAAAAACAGUUGACUCACGGCUAAAGUUAAGCAUGUUAAAACAACCAGUAGAUUAAAAUACACAAAGCAAAAUCCAGUUUAGGAACAGCAGUUGCACUUUUCAGUUACACGACUUCUGAUAUAAUACUCCGGUAGCCUGUGGUGUUUAAACAAUGCUCAAUGUGUCCUAAGGGGUCGAAAGUGUGCCAAAAAAAUAUCCCUUACACCAUAUACCACUACCACCAGCCUGAACUGUUGGUACAAGGCACGGUGGAUCCAUGCUAGCAUGUGGUUUACGCCAAAUUCUGACCAUCUGAAUGUCACGGCAGAAAUUUAGACUCAUUGGACCAGGCAACAACGUUUUCACAAUCUUCUGUUGUCCAAAUUUGCCGAGGCUGUGCAAAUUAUAGCCUCGGUUUCCUGUCCUUAGCUGACAGGAGUGGCAACUUGUGUGGUCAUCUGCUACUGUAGCCCAUCUUCUUCAAGGUUUGGCUUGUUGUGCAUUCAGAGAUGAACCUCUGUAUACCUUGGUUGUAACAAGUUGAUAUUUGAGUUACUGCCCAUUCUCCUCUGACUUGUGGUAUCAAUGAGGCAUUUUUUUCCAAAAGAACUACCGCUCACUGGAUAUUUUCUCUUUUUUGGGCCGUUCUCUGUAAACACUAGAGACUGUUGAGUGAGAAAACCCCAGUAGAUCUGCAGUUUCUGAGAUGGAUAGAUGAGCCCAUCUGGCACCAACCAUGCCAUGUCCAAAGUCAACUAAAUCACCUUUGUUUCACAUUCUGAUGAUUGGUUUGCUCUUCAGCAAGACAUCUCGACUAUGUCUACAUGUGUAAAUGCACUGAGUUGCUGCCAUAUGAUUGGCUGAUGAGAUAUUUGUGUAAACAAGCAGUUGAACUGGUGUAUCUAAUAAAGUGGCCAGUAAAUGUAGAUAACGUCCCUCUUGUCUAAACAUAUGCCGUAUGAGAAACUACUAAAUCAGGCCGGUCCUAUUUCAGUAAUAAAAACUCAGCCAAACCUUCAGUUUUUUGCUAGAUGCUUCGUAUGUUGUCUGAAAGAAAGCCUGUCAUCCACCAAGUACUUGUAGGAAGACUCAUGUUUAAUUAUCAUCAUCAUUUCAAUCAUUUGAAAGUGAUUGUAAUGAGCACUAUCCACAGUGGUUUGUAGAUCACUGUUAAUUAAUGGGGUAAAUAAUCAGCAGACUAAUUGAUAAUUACAGUAAUUGUAAGUUGUGCAAUUGUUAUUAAUAUUAAUUUCCGUCCAGUCCUUUGUAGCCUUAAGGUUUUUGUUGUUCAGUCAAGGUGAUGCACACAGGAGUUAUUCUAGUUUGAACAUAUGGAAGAAGUUAUAUUUCAGUAUUUGUUUUUGCCGUAUGUUUCCAUUAAACUGUGCACUAUUGCCUACUGAAACUAAUGACAGACGCAUGUCCUGAGGCAGCGUGUGAGACUGACACAUCAGCUGUGGGCGGGUUCUUCGGUGCAAAGUGCUUGUAAAAAGAAAGAUAGGAAGAGCCACAGAAACCACAUAGAGGAAGCUACUAAUGAUUCAGCCGACCAGGUGACAAGGCGCCCUCAGCAAUGAAGCUUUUGGACUAUAAUUAGACUAACAUGAGGAGGGGACUUCACAUAGCACAGUAGUCAACCAUCUAACCCAGUGGCCAAAAGGACCUGAACCCACUGUCAUCCUCAAGUAUGGCGAGCCAGGAGCCUGUCAACCCUUCGCAUGCUGCAUUUGACCUGUUUAUCCAAGCCCAGAGUUGUAAGGAUGUAAAGCACCACUUUGUUGAGCUCUGCAGGGAACUGGACAUCAAUCCUAAGGAUUUCAGGACCUUCUACACAAAGCUAAAGGAAAGACUGAACUACUGGAAGGCCAAAGCCUUAUGGACCAAGCUGGACAAAAGGGCAUCUCAUGCAGAUUACCAGCAAGGAAAAGUCUGCAGCAAAAACAAGUGUCUUGUGUUGGGUGCUGGUCCUUGCGGACUGAGAACAGCCAUUGAACUGUCCCUGCUGGGGGCUCAGGUGGUGGUGUUGGAGAAGAGAGAGGAUUUCUCCAGAAACAAUGUUCUCCAUCUGUGGCCGUUCACCAUCUACGACCUCCGCGGGCUCGGAGCCAAAAAGUUCUAUGGCAAAUUCUGCUCUGGCUCUCUGGAUCAUAUCAGCAUUCGUCAGCUGCAGUUGAUUCUACUGAAAGUGUCACUUUUGCUCGGGGUCGAGGUGCACACCGGAGUGGAGUACCAGGGCUUGAUCGAGCCCUCAGGAGAAAAUGGUUGGAUGGCCAAACUACAGCCUUGGUCUCAUCCUGCUGCAGCCUUCCAGUUUGAUGUCUUCAUCUCUGCUGGAGGAGGCAGGUUUGUCCCUGAUGGUUUCAAGCAUAAGGAGCUGAGAGGGAAGCUGGCGAUUGGCAUUACAGCCAACUUCAUUAACGGAAACACAGCUGCUGAGGCCCAAGUAGCUGAGAUCAGCGGUGUAGCCCGCAUCUAUAACCAGAAGUUCUUCCAAGAGCUGCUCACAGAGACGGGUAUUGAUUUGGAGAAUAUUGUCUACUACAGAGACGACACCCACUACUUUGUCAUGACUGCCAAAAAGAAGAGCUUGCUGAAGAAGGGGGUCAUUAAACAGGACUAUGGUGACGCAGAACAGCUGCUGGCUCCUGCAAACGUGGAUCACGAGGCUUUGUGUCGCUAUGCACAUGAUGCUGCCUUCUUCUCCACCGGUGGCAAACUGUCUAACCUUGAGUUUGCUCAGAAUCAUGCUGGCCGACCAGAUGUAGCCAUGUUCGACUUCACCUGCAUGCAUCGUGCUGAGAAUGCUUCGCUGGUCAGAGAGAGGCGGGGCCAGAAGUUGUUAAUGGGUCUGGUUGGAGACUGCCUGGUGGAGCCUUUCUGGCCUCUGGGUACAGGCAUAGCCCGUGGGUUCCUGGCUGCUUUUGACACAGCGUGGAUGGUGAGGAGCUGGGGUAAAGGGGUCCCACAUCUCAAGGUCCUGGCUGAGCGAGAAAGUAUCUACCAGCUCCUGUCCCAAACCACACCAGAAAACACCAGCAAAAACUAUGCUCAAUGCAGCAUCGACCCCAAAACACGGUACCAGAGAGUCAACCUCUCCUCCAUCCAGGCACACCAGGUGCAGCACCUCUAUGAUGUUGAUAAAUCCUAUCCAGCAAGUAAGAAACAGAAGGACAGAUGGCCUACCAUGCGUCAAGACUCAGUUAGCGGUUCUGAAGAGUUGCUGAAAUGGUGCCAGAAACACACAACAGGUUAUGAGAAUGUGAAUGUAAAAGAUUUUAGCCAAUCCUGGCGCUCUGGGCUGGCUCUGUGUGCUUUGAUCCACCACUUCAGACCUCAGCUCAUUGACAUGUCUUCCCUGGAUGAGUCCAGUAGUGCCCACAACAACCAACUGGCCUUCAGUAUCCUAGAGAAGGAGCUGGGCAUCCCACCUGUUAUGUCCCCCAGCGACCUGGCCGACACUGGUCAGAUUGACAAGUUAUCCAUGGUCCUCUACCUCACCCAGAUCCAGAAAGCUUUUACGGUGCUGGCAAAAGAACCUGCAGGCUUCCUGCCAUCAUCCAAGCCUCUGACUCUCUCCCAGACACAUUCAGCUGUCUUUUUCCUGAGCAAGCUGAAGCACAACUCUCUGCAAAGACGCAAGGAAAAGCUGGCAUCUGAGAAACAGGGCACAGAAAUAAAGACCAGGAUGGGAGAUGAGGACAGUACGCUGGUGCCUCCUGUGUCCCCUGCACUCAGUCCUACGCCUGCUCUUUCUCCUGAGCCUGAGCCUGGCACUACCGUUUUGAUGACGAACAGCGAUGAAUGUUACUUCUGCGGUCAAAGGGUUUAUGUCCUGGAGCGCAUCAGCGCUGAGGGCAAGUUCUUCCAUCGGAGCUGCUUCACCUGCCAUCGGUGCGGCAUCACACUCAGACUAGGAGGAUACACCUUCGACCAGAAUACAGGGAGAUUUUACUGUGAGCUGCACUCGGAGGAGAUGGAGCUGGCAAAUGGGGCUGAAACAUCUUGUAAGGAUAACAAAGAAAAUGAUAAUGGGACAAAUGAAGAGAAUGGGCUUUCUAGUGAUGAAUAUACACUGUCUCCAUCGGAUGAGGAGUAUGAGCACACUCUUGACUGUGGCCCCAUUACUCAUACACAAUCAUAUAAAUCUGAACAGGACCAGGCUAUACGUGGAUCCAAAGAAGAUCCUCAAGAACCACAUACAUCAGAAACUCCUUCAUCUAAAACUGAGGUAGAAGCACCAAAUGAGGAGGACACAGAAGAAAUUUCUUCGUCAGUGUCCUAUCCGGUUCCAAAGCCACGUCUUUCUCGGCAGACCACACCCACCCAUCAGCCCUCUCCCCCGGUAGCAAAACCUCGCACAGUCCACUGUUUUGAUCCCUCCACUCCAGAAAAACAUUCACCGCCAGCUUCUACAAAGGAGAUCUCUAAAGCAGGACCAGACUCCCGUCCUAAACAAUCGUUGCGAAAGCUUCAGUUAACCGAUGAGGAGAAAAGCCUGCUGGUGAAUCUUCAAAGUUUCAGUGCAGACUCAGACUCGGAGACCCCUGGUGGAUCCUCCUCCUGUUCCUCUUCCUCAGCGAAUGCAGGAGGUCCUGCCAAACCAGAGGGCCUGGAUGGGCAAGAGGAGGAGGGCUACUGGAGCGGGAGCACUGCAGGCCACAUGCGGGGGAAGAGGAAUCGACGCUGCUACAGGAGAAAAGAGAUGCCAAGCGGGCAGACCAGAGUACGAUCCAAGUUUUCCCCCUGGAAUCUGUCUUCCCCGAGAAUCAGCAGAGACACCCGGCUCAGUGUCCACAUUAAUCAUCCAGGCAGAGUGGAAACAACAUUCAGACAAGUUCACAGCGCCUCAGAAGAGGGGGUUGAUGGAGAUGAUGACGACGAUGAUGACGAUGACGAUGAUAUGUUUGAACGAGAUGACAUUGACUUAUUUGAUGAGAAAUUUCAGAAAAUGCCAUCCGACCCUGUUGAGGCUGAGAAACUGGAGCUGAUGAAGAUGAGGACGCUGGAGCGGCGGGCAAAGAUGAGCGAAUUACAACGAUUUCGGAAAGCUCAGUCCAUCCAGCGAAGACUGGAGGAGAUUGAGGUGACUUUCAAAGACCUGGAAGACAAAGGUGUAGUUUUGGAGCGAAGUCUGCGAGGAGAGGCUGACAGUGGCGGUUCUCCUGAUACGAUCGAACAGUGGAUCCAGCUGGUCCAUGAGAAGAACGCAUUGGUUUCUGAGGAGUCGGAGCUCAUGGUGGCGUCUCGCCAGCUGGAGCUCGAAGACAAGCAGAGCGCCUUAGAGUUGGAGCUCAGGAAAUACAUGGAGAUGAAAGACAAGACAGCAGAGCAGCAGGCGGAAGAAGAGCGGGUUCUGCAGCAGAUGAUCGAGGUCGUGGACAUGAGGGACUCUUUGGUGUCAUUUCUGGAAGAGAAGAGGCUGAAGGAGAUAAGCGAGGAGCAGGAGGCUUUCUCCAUCAUGGAGGCCAAACGGCACUCAAAGGCAGGAUCUCAGGUUCACUGGGCGUGAGGCUGUCAUGCAUACAUAUACUCAGUAUGAGCCUCUGUGAGCUGUACACGGGAUUCUUUCACAUCUGCCGCGUGUGAGAUUCGCUGCUUUUAGACUUGGAACCUGAAACUUAAAUUUGCAAAGCCAAAGAUGAUACGACAUCGUUGUGAAAGGUAACCCACUACAAGUCGUCCCUCAGCGAAUAGGAUUAAGUUCAGGCUUAUGGGCCGGGGGCUGAAUGAACGUCAUUUGCAAUCUGCCCCCUAGAGGGAGACAUAAGCCUUGAGAUCUGACUCUUUUGAGUUGAUGCAUCCUACAACUCUGCAGCUAAGACAGCCUGCCACCAUAGUGGGGUGAUAACAACACACCAUGUAUGAAAAAUGAUCUGUAGUAUCUGCUGUACUAUUGAACAACCACCACACAGCAGAUAAUCAUUACCCAGUCUGGGACUUGGCCUGGUUUUGUGUCAGAAGCGUGACAUGAGUGCAAAGCCAAGACAAUACAGAAUACAAUUACACUGGUGAGAAACCAGCAAUAGCUGCUUCUGAAUAGAUCUAGGUUGAAAAUACAGGACAAAUACAUGUUUUUGAAAAUAGUUGGAUGUUUAUAUUGAUUUUAAUUGUGUCAUCACGGACAAGUGCUACACAUAACACAUUAAUAUACAUAACCUGAUUCUAUCUUUAGUAUUUGUGUGCUGAAUAUAAAUAUGAUGGAGGUUUAAAAAAACUAAGAGGAAUUUGAAAUAUUAGACUAAUUAAAAUUCUGUUGUUCGUUCUUUGUUUUCUUUUUAUCCAGCUGUCAUUUCUGAAUGUUAUUGAAUUUUGUAGCACUCCCUGCUGUUCACCACGUCCCUUCCUGAUAGCACAGUUGGAUAGCUAAUCUCAGGGGUUGAUCAUUCAGUCCUCUGAGAAUCAGAGUUACAAUUUUCACUGAUGGCCUUCAACUGUCAGCUGCUCUUUAAGUGGUGUAUUAUUGGAACACGGGGGAUUUGAGGUGAAUGAAAAACAGAUUAAAAUGGACCGGCUCGUCUAUUUAUAAAUACCAUCAUUUAUCAUUUGCAGGUGUUCCUAUUCAUGUGCUGGCUGAAUAGUCAGAAUCAAGGCAAAGAACAAUCUGUUGUCAGUGAAAAGGAGCCUUAUAUAUUCAUUGUCCUGCUGCCAUUUUGUGCCACCUGGACAACACUUCACAGUAUAUCAAAUAAAGAUCAUGCACUUUGA